AGCUAGUCAAAAGAGGGGUCAAAGUUCACAUCCACGGGCGCAACUUUGUGGCGGGAAACUUUAUCGCCUCCAACAUCGUGAGCGCCGUCAGCAUGUGCCGUAGGACCUUGGUCAUCCUGACCGGGAACUUCUGCAAGAGUCACUGGUGUAAAUACGAGGUCCAGAUGGCUAACAUGGAGUCGGUCCACGACGGACGUCCGGUGCUGAUUUUCCUGGUCAAAGAGAACAUGGCGGCCAAGAACCUGGGCGAGCUCAUGUCCUUCCUCCGCUGCAACACUUACAUCCCCUACCCGCAGGGGGAGCAACUCUCGGAGCGGGAGAUGAAGGCCAUGUGGGACAAACUGGCACAGGACCUGCGCUAGCUGUAGGACCUCAGCGAGGACAUUCAGGUCUAGAUCGUCUCAUGGAGGACAUUCAGGUCUAGAUCGUCUCAUAAAGGACAUUCAGGUCUAGAUCGUCUCAUGGAACUAAUACGCUGGCUGAUAGUUUGGAGGACAUUCAUGAUGUCCUAUUGCUGGCCUUCCAGGAUCCGCUACACCACAGUACUUGAAUGGCAAAUACCCUUGACCUCUAGCAGUCAUUAUUUUCGUGUGCCGACAGCCAUCCUUGCAAGGUUCACACAACAAUGUAACUGGAUAUCAUUUAUAGCCUUGGGCAUAUUGCUUCAUCAACCGUAUAAACGGGUCCUUCAAAGAAAAAUAUUGGAUUACUAAUCAGGCGUAUCGUUUUACCACAUGCGAUGCCCAUUAAACCAGUGAUAACAAAAACAAUUAAACUGUUUGGAGUUUAAAUCAAAAUCGAUGUUAUAAAGGAAAACAAAGUGUUUUUUUUAAGCUUUGACAACUUUUUGACAGCCGCUUGACCGUUGUGUGAUUUCUUAUUACGGCAUGGUGUCUUGUAUUA